AUGGCAGUGCAGCCAACAGAGCUGAUCAGAGGUACAUCUGCACAGCAUAACACGCAGAGAGGGAUCGAAAUGGGCAUUCAGCAUUGGGUAACUCUGAAGGUGGAGAGGAAGCCAGUCGAAUUUCUAGUGGACACUGGCACUGAACAUUUGGUACUCUUGCACCCACUGGGAGGACUAAAAGAUAAAAAAUCCUGGGUGCUGGGUGCUACUGGACAAUGGCAAUAUUUGUGGACUACCUGAAGAACCAUUGACCUGGGAGUGGGACAGGUAACCCACUCAUUCAUAGUCAUCCCUGAAUGCCCAGCACCUCUCCUUGGUAGGGACCUAUUAAUCAAGAUGGGUGUUCAAAUUUCCUUCAAAUCAGAAAAACCAGAAGUGUCUGCUGGAGGUCGACCCAUCACCGUGUUGACUCUCCAACUAGAUGAUGAGUAUCGAUUAUACUCUCCCCCGGUAGAGCCUGAUCAAGACCUAAAGCCCUGGUUAGAACAAUUUCCCCAAGCCUGGGCAGAAACCGCAGGCAUGGGCUUGGCGAAACAAGUACCCCCACAGGUCAUUCAACUAAAAGCCAGUGCUACGCCAGUAUCAGUCAAACAAUAUCCCAUGAGCCAAGAGGCCUGAGAAGGAAUUCGGCCCCAUAUUCUAAGACUGAUUCAACAAGGUAUUCUGGUACCAGUUCAGUCCCUCUGGAACACUCCCUUACUGCCAGUUAGAAAACCCAGGACCAAUGAUUACCGCCCAGUACAGGACUUGAGAGAAGUCAAUAAAAGAGUACAGGACAUACAUCCAACUGUCCCAAACCCUUACAACCUCCUUAGUGCCCUCCCACCUGAGCGGAUUUGGUAUACAGUGUUGGAUCUAAAAGAUGCUUUCUUCUGCCUAAGAUUACAUUUGGACAGCCAACCUCUUUUUGCCUUCAAAUGGAGAGACCCAGACACAGGAAGGACUGGGCAGCUCACCAGGACUCGUUUGCCCCAGGGGUUCAAGAACUCCCCAACCAUCUUUGAUGAAGCCCUAUACAGGGACCUAGCCAAUUUUAGAGUUCAACACCACCAGGUAACCCUCCUUCAAUAUGUUGAUGACUUACUCCUGGCAGGAGCUACCCAGCAAGACUGCCGAAAAUGUACAAAAGCGUUACUACUGGAGCUGACUGACCUUGGCUAUCAAGCCUCAGCUAAGAAGGCUCAAAUAUGCAAAAGAGAGGUAAUGUAUUUGGGGUACUCCUUGCGGGAUGGACAAAGAUGGCUGACGGAGGCACGAAAGAGGACUGUAGUACAAAUACCAGUUCCAACUAUGGCCAGACAAGUUAGAGAGUUCCUGGGGACAGUUAGGUUCUGCAGACUAUGGAUCCCGGGGUUUGCAACCCUAGCAGCCCCCCUCUAUCCACUAACUAAAGAGGAAGGAAAACUCACUUGGACCUCCGAACACCAGGGGGCAUUUGAUGCCAUCAAGAAGGCAAUAUUAAGUGCGCAUGUCUUAGCCCUCCCUGAUGUGACUAAACUAUUCACCCUUUAUGUAGAUGAGCGUAAGGGGAUAGCCCGGGGAGUCCUAACCCAAUCCUUAGGGCCAUGGAGAAGACCCGUUGCCUACCUAUCAAAGAAACUUGACCCUGUGGCUAGUGGAUGGCCUGUAUGUCUAAAAGCCAUAGCAGCAGCAUCCACGUUGAUCAAAGAUGCUGAUAAGCUAAGUCUAGGGCAGAGGAUAACUGUCAUUGACCCCCAUGCCCUGGAGAGCAUUGUCUGGCAGCCCCCAGACCAAUGGAUGACUAAUGCCCAUAUGACUCACUACCAGAGCCUGCUCCUCACCAACAGGAUAACGUUUGCCCCACCUGCCAUCCUCAACCCCACUACUCUCCUGCCUGAAGAAACUGAUGAGACAGUGACUCAUGACUGUCAUCAACUGCUGGUUGAGGAAACUGGGAUCCAAAAGGAUCUUACAGAUGUCCCACUGACUGGAGGAACAUAAACCUGGUUCACAGAUGGGAGCAGUUACAUUGUAGAAGGUAAGAGGAUGGCUGGGGCAGCGAUAGUAGACAGAACACAAACAGUCUGGGCCAGCAGUCUGCCAGAAGGAACUUCAGCACAGAAGGCUGAAUUUAUGGCCCUCACACGGGCCCUGCGACUAGCUGAAGGAAAGUCCAUGAAUAUCUACACGGACAGCAGAUACGCUUUUGCUACUGCACACGUACACAGGGCCAUCUAUAAAUAGAGAGGGCUACUUACUUCAGCAGGUAAAGAAAUUAAAAACAAAGAAGAAAUUCUAAGUUUGCUAGAAGCUCUACAUCUACCCAAAAGACUGGCCAUUAUACAUUGCCCUGGCCACCGAAAAGCCAAAGAUUUUAUCUCUAAAGGGAACCAGAUGGCUGACCAAGUGGCCAAACAGGCAGCCCAGGGGAUCAGCCUUCUGCCCAUAAUAGAAAAGCCAAAGAAUCAAAAAAAGGGAAAAGAGAUUCUACCUCAAGUGAAGGGACUAGAAUACGUUCAACAAAUACACCGCCUAACCCAUCUGGGGGACAAACAUCUACAAAAACUACUGCAGACGUCUCCUUACCAUAUUCUGAGGUUGCCAGAGAUAGCUGGCUCAGUAGUCAAGCAUUGUGUACCUUGCCAGAUGGUCAAUGAAUCCUCAAGAAUGCCUCCUGGGAAGAGGCUAAGAGGAGACAGCCCAGGUGCUCUCUGGGAAGUGGACUUCACUGAGGUAAAGCCAGCUAAGUAUGGUAACAAGUAUUUACUAGUUUUCGUAGACACUUUUUCCGGAUGGGUAGAGGCUUAUCCUAACAAGAAAGAAACCUCAACCGUGGUGGCUAAGAAAAUACUGGAAGAAAUUUUCCCAAGAUUUGGGAUACCCAAGGUAAUAGGAUCAGACAAUGGUCCAGCCUUUGUUGCCCAGGUAAGUCAGGAACUGGCCAAAACAUUGGGGAUUAAUUGGAAAUUGCAUUGUGCAUACAGACCCCAAAGUUCAGGACAGGUAGAGAGGAUGAAUAGAACCAUUAAAGAGACCCUCACCAAAUUGACCGCAGAGACUGGCGCUAAUGAUUGGAUAGCUCUCCUACCCCUUGUGCUCGUUAGGGUCAGAAACACACCCGGACAAUUUGGACUGACCCCCUAUGAACUGCUAUAUGGGGGGCCUCCUCCACUGGUAGAAAUAACCUCUAUACAUAGUACUGAUGUGCCGCUUUCCCAGCCUCUGUUCUCUAGGCUCAAGGCACUCGAGUGGGUGAGACAAAGAGUGUGGAAGCGACUCUGGGAGACUUACUCAGGAGAAGGAGACUUGCAGGUCCCAUAUCACUUCCAGGUGGGAGAUUCGGUCUAUGUUAGACGCCACCACACAGGAAACCUUGAGACUCGGUGGAAGGGCCCCUACCUCAUCCUACUGACCACUCCAAUGGUCGUGAAAGUUGAAGGAAUACCCACCUGGAUCCAUGCAUCUCACAUCAAGCCCGCUCCGCUGCUGGGCCCUGAAUGGCAAGCCGAGAGGACAGACAAUCCCCUUAAACUUGGAUCUCCACAAGCUGGUGGGUGUCCCGGCUGUCCCUGGGAAAGAGCCUCUGAACAGGGGAGGCCUGCAGUGAACAGCAGUGGUCGUGCUGCACGGGGCACUUCGAACGCGGCGAGCACUCCAAAACUGUUCGGUGGGUUCUGGGGCCAGUUGCCAGAGCGUGGAAGGGUCCAAGAUUGGAUUCUUCUUACUGAAUCAGCAAUGAUCUUCUCUGAAGAAGAUGCCAAACAAAGUAAUACCAGUGCCUCUCAGUGCACACCCAUCUUUGCCUCUAAACCUAUAACCAGACUUAAGGAUAAACAGGUCCUUAGAGAGGAUAUAGGAAGUGUGACCCAUGAGAAGAAGCUAAAGCCAAUUGGAAGCAUCAGAGCAAAAAGGGCCAAUAUUUUGUCCUGUGGUCAUGAGGCCACUGCAGAUGAUGGGCCACUUCUACACUGGACCCCUGCAAAUCUGGCAUCUGGAUGCAAUCUGGAGGUCCAGGGAGGUAAGGCUGAUGAGCCACUAGUUACCUCAGGGCCAGAGGGUCCUGAGGAUGCUCCAGAAACCCUUCUGGUGGAGCUGAAAAGCUCUGAACUGGUGGAGCCUGAAAACUUCAGCCUGACACUGAGGAAAAAGCGAAUUCUAGCCACCACUUGCAAGCUAGUUCCUGGACCUAAUGGCCAAUCCACAGUCAUGCAGGCCAUCAUAGAUGUGGCUUUUCCUCUGACCCACCUUGACUGGGACCUCAACAGCCUUGAAGUGCUGGACCUCAAGGACACAUUUUUCAGUCUGUCACUGGCCCUGGCCAGUCAACGUCUAUUUGCCUUUGAAUGGAGUGAUCCAGAAUGUGGACUCAAUGGACAGUUGACCUGGACCAGACUGCCCAAAGGAUUUAAAAACUCACCCACCAUCUUUGAUGAAGCACUCCAUGAGGAUCUGGCCUGCCACUCAGCCACAGAAGCCUUGCUAAGAGAAUUGGAUGCAUGGGAUAACAAGUUUCAGACAGAAAGGUGCAGCUCUGCCAGAGGAAGAUUUACCGAGAUUGCCAAGCCUCUGUAUGAGGCCACGAGGGGACAAGAAAAUUCCCUUGAAUGGACCCCAGAAAGGGAAAUUGCUUUUUUCCAGUUGAAAAAGGCCCUCCUUGAAGCCCUGGCAUUAGUUUUGCCAGACAUCCACAAACCUUUCCAUCUUUACAUUGAUGAGAACAAAGGCAUAGCUAAAGGAGUAAUGACUCAAACUCUCAGCCCUUGGAAGAGGCCAACUGCUUACCUAUCAAAGAAAUUAGUCCCAGUGGCAACGGGAUGGCCUCCAUUCCUCCAAAUAAUUGCAGCCACCACUUUAUUGGUCAAAGAUUCAGAUAAACUGACUUUGGGCCAAACCCUGAGAGUGACUACUCCUCACGCUAUUGAAGGAGUGCUAAAGCAGCUCCUAACAGGUGGCUAA